UUUUUUUUCUUUCUGCUUGUAAGAUUUCCAUUGCUUGUGUGUAUUUUGUUUCAGAAGCCCGUGUUCAUCUUUUUCUUUAUUCAAAGAAAUUAAGAAACUAAUGUCACACAAGCUUGAAAAGCUUAUAAUACGUUUGGCUAUUUACCAGAUUACCCACUUUAUAAUCCAAACAACAAAAACCCAAAUCCAAUUUCGCUCAAAAAUUCGAACCCCGCAGAGGCGCAGACUAUAAAUAUGAUCACAGAUGCUCUCCAACUCCUCCUCCUCUCUCUCUCUCUCUCUCUCUCUCUCCCCAAUCACAAAUCACCAUAUCUACUUCUCGCCUGAGAUUCUUACUCUCUCAUCUUCCUCAAAAUUUCAUUUCGGAUAUGAAUAACCCCCAGACUUGUUCCUCUUGCAGACACAACAGAAUCAAAUGCGACCCAGAUUGUUGGCUGGCCCCGUACUUCCCUGCCCAUAUGCACCAGAAAUACAAGAAAGCCCAGCAGGUGUUCGGCAAAAUUUACAUGACCAAGUUGCUCAAGAGCCUCCACAAGACCCCUAACAAAAGAAGCACUGCCAUGAAGAACAUCAGAGCCGAAGCCGAUAUCCGCAGCGCCGACCCGGUCGGCGGUUGUUAUGGUGUUGUGAAGGAGCAAUGUGCUGUUAUAAGGAGACUGGAGAGGGAGAUUGCAGGGCAAGAGGAGGAGCUCCGCCGCUUGCGCAGUCAACUUGGUGGUGGAGGAGGAGGAGGGUCUGUUAAUGUGGCUAUGGCACAACCACCUUUGGCCACCGCCAUGUAUCAAGAACAGAGCUACAACACUUUUCAGCAGAAUCUUGAAGAACAGAAUUACAAUGCAAGUCAAGGAUAUGAUCAAGAACAGGGCAACUUUGCUCAAGGAUUUCCGCAUGUUCAUCCAGAAGAGGGCAACAUUGUUCAAGGAUAUCGAAUUCGACAAGAACAGACUGACAUUGAUGCUCAGAGUCAAGGAUAUGUUCAGGCACCCACUCAUCUUCCAGAGACUAAUCAAGAACAGGGCGACAUUUUUUAUUUCAGGGAUGAAGUUGUUGUGCCAGAACAUGAUGGUCUCAACCCUCGACCCUCAACCCAAUUCAGGUGAGCACAAGUGCAGUGACAUAAUAGGCUGGUGGUUUGUUUGAAUGUCAUAUAACCUAGCUUUCUGCGCAUCAAAUAGAGUACAAGACAAAAAGAAUCAAGUCUAGAUGGUGCAGGCAACUUCUUAGAUUCAUAGUUGAGUUGUAAAGAACCAAUAUCAAGCUUGUGACUGUCCUUCCUGAUUCCAGUUAUGUAGUAUAGGUGAGUGGAAGAACCAAUAUCAAGGUUGUGACUAUCCUUCCUGAUACCAGUUAUGUAGUAUAAGUGAGUGGUAAAGAUAUGCAUUCUUUCUCAAAAAGCAAUGUAGAAACUGUGUGAUCUCUAGAGAAUAUAUCCUUUCAAUUUCUGCA